AUGAGCGAUGAUUACCAACAAAUAAUACAAGAUAUAAAUAAUAAUUUUGAAAAUCAAAAUCAAUUAAAAAUAUCCCUUUUAAAUAAAAUAAAUGAUAAUAAACAACAACUUUCAACUACAUCAACACUUUCUGCUUUAAUUAAAUCAGCUGAAAAACUCGUUCCAAAUAAAAUUCAUCUUUCACAUGCAUCAAAAACAGAUUCAUCAUCAUUAUCAUCCGAUAGUCGAAAUACUGAAAAAUAG